CAGGAGGCACGCAUGCAGAAGCUGAACUUGGAGUACCAGUUCCAGCGGAGGCUGGAGGAGCUCGGCAACGAUGAGGAUGAGGAUGAGCCGUGGGAUGCUGAUGUCGAGGAUAGGGAUGCGCUAGAGAAGCAGACGCAGCAGCGUGAGACAGAGCAGAGUCGUGUGGAGCGCCUGCAGGCUGAGCGGGCCCAGCACAGUCUACAGGAGCAGCAGCAGCAACAGCAGCAGCAGCAGGCUGCAGCGGAGAGGGCCAGGCCGGAGACGGAGCGUGAGAAGGAGCUACGCAGACAGCGGGAGCUGCAGAACAAACUAGAGCAGGAGAAGAGAAAACUAGAGGAGAAGGACGACAUGGCUCGCGUGAUGGUGGAAUACCCAGAGACCUGUGCUGUUCUUGUGAGAAGACAUGGCAUCUACGUUUGGGGCGACACCUGGCAGCAGGCGAAAACGAUGUGA